AUGGACAUAAUGGUUGCUCAUAGUAAUGCAGUUUGUGAAAAUGCUAGCUCACCUUUAAAUAAUAAUAAUAAUAAUAAUAACAAUAACAGUUACCUUAAUAGCAAGGAAAUAUCAACCGGAGAACUGGAGCUGUUAGCUAAACUGGAAGAAGCAAACAGGGUUAUUGAAGCAGAUGCUAAGUCUCUGUCGAACUUAACAUCUUUGACCCAUUCUAGGAAAAAUUCAGAUAUAUCUCAUACUUCUCUUAGUUCUGACAAAUCGGAGGAUUCGGAAGAAAAUAUUUGGAAUAUUUGGGGUCAGGUAGUCAACGAUUGGCCGAAUUAUUAUAAAAAACAAAAUGCGUAUUUAAGAGAAUUAGUUAGAAAAGGCAUACCUCAUCAUUUUAGAGGUAUUGCCUGGCAACUUUUAUGCGGUGCCAAUGAUUCGUCUGUUAAAAAUCAAUAUGCCGAAUACAUAAAAGCCACAUCUGCUUGUGAAAAACUCAUUAGAAGAGAUAUAGCGAGAACAUAUCCGGAACAUGAAUUUUUCAAAGAAAAAGAUGGACCCGGACAAGAAAGUUUAUUCAACGUUAUGAAAGCUUAUUCGCUUCACGACAGAGAGGUUGGUUAUUGUCAGGGAUCAGGUUUCAUUGUUGGUUUGCUUCUCAUGCAAAUGCCAGAAGAAGAAGCUUUUGCCGUUUUAGUUAAAUUAAUGCAAGAUUAUAGAAUGAGAGAUAUGUUUAAACCGAGUAUGGCCGAAUUGGGGCUGUGUAUGUUUCAAUUGGAAAAUCUUAUUCAGGAAUUAAUACCUGAUAUACACGUUCAUUUUCAAUCUCAAAGUUUUCACACCAGCAUGUAUGCCAGCUCGUGGUUUUUGACUUUAUUCACCACAGCUUUAUCUCUUCCAAUGGCUUGCAGAAUAAUGGAUGUAUUUUUGUUAGAAGGAAUGGAAGUCAUUUUUAAAGUGGCUUUGUCAUUGCUGACUCUAGGCAAAGAAGAACUGCUAUCGUUGGACAUGGAAGGAAUGUUGAAGCAACUUCCGGCUAAAGCGGAAGCCGAUGUCGAAAACGUUAUGAACACGGCUUUUUCUUUUAAAUUGAAUUCGAAAAAAAUGAAAAAAUUAGAAAAAGAAUAUCAGAUGAUAAAACUCAGAGAACAAGAAGAAAUGAUUGAAUUAAAAAGGUUGAGAUCUGAAAACCGUUUGCUAAAAAAAAGGAUCGAGUUGUUGGAAGCGGAAUCUAGCGAAUUAGCUGACAGGUUGGUCAAAGGUCAAGUUUCCCGUGCCGAAGAAGAAGAAACAACGUUUACGGUCAAAAGAGAAUUCGAAUUAUUAAAACACACGCAUUUGGAAGUAGCUCAUCAAUUGGAAAUGGCUCACGAUGAAAUUCGUAAUUUAUAUUUAACUCUCGAGCAAUCUGUAAUUAUUUUAAAAAUUCAUUCUUCUCAACAAUCUUCAAUGAGUGAAAUUUCAAUGAAAAAAGAACAAUUAUCGGAGAAGGAUGAUUUGAUUGCAUGCCUUCAAGAUGAAUUGGUAAAAGUACGUUUGCGAGAAGCUGAAAAUAAUGCUCUCAUCAGGGAUUUAAGAUCGAGAAUACAAGAAUUGGAAGAGGAUAAGAAAACUUUGAGAGAAUCCGUAGUCGAUAAUUCAGUUGCACACUUGCAAGAAGAAUUGAUAGCCGUCAAAUUGAGAGAAGCAGAAGCAAAUUUAGCAUUGAAAGAUUUAAGGCAUCGCGUUAACGAAUUGAAUUCACAAUGGCAACGUCACUUGACGGAACAUAGAAUGGAAGCCAAUUCGGCACCGGAUUCGACACCCAAAAAAAUACUAUUCUGGGACAAUAGAGCCAACGAAACGCAAAGGCUCGAAGAAGAAUUGAUGACGUCAAGAAUAAGAGAAAUGGAAGCGUUGACGGAACUGAGAGAAUUACGUCUCAAAGUAAUGGAAUUAGAAACUCAGGUUCAAGUAAGCACAAAUCAACUUCGAAGACAAGACGAAGAGAAUAAAAAAUUAAAAGAGGAAUUGGAAGGAAGUACGAGUCAGGAAAAGGAAGCGCGAAUUAAACUCAAAGAACAGCAAAAUAAAUACAUUGAUUUAGAAUCUAAAUUUGAAAUGCUAAUCAAAGAAGCCGAACACACGCAAAAAGUAGCCGAAUUAAAACAAAAAAUAUCCAGGUUGGAGCUGAAGAACCACGAAAUGGUUGCAGAGGGUGAACUGAGGUCAAACGUCGAUGAUAGCGAACGAGUCAAAGAACUGCAAGACGAGGUUGCGUACCUGAAAGCAGAGUUACCGACUCCCGCAAGUCCGGAUACCGAAUCCUGGAAUUGGAUCGAGUAA